CAGGCCCAGAUGGUUUCUUCAGUGGGUUCUUCAAACAUCAAUGGAAAACUGUGGGAAUGACUGUUACAAAGGCAGUGCUUGAGUUCUUUCAGGAUGGUGUCACCCUACAACAGGAACUUUCUCUGGAGCUCCUCCCCAGAAUAUAAGAGAUUCCCCCUAAUCAAGUGGGAGGAAGUCUGUAGAUCCAAAUAUGAAGGAGGAUUAGGCUUGAAGAAUUUGCAGAAUAGAGACCUGAAGAAUAAAUCCAUAUGGACAUUUGAAAGUAAACAUGAUGAUUGCUAUUAUUGGAAGAAGAUGAUGUUGAUCAGGAAGGACUUUGCUGGGAUGUCAAUAACAAGUGCUUACAGAGUAAAAAAAGGUUACAAAUAGCUGGCUGGAAACCACCCAAGAGUGGAAUGGGCUGAGUUGGUAUAGAAUAAAACUUCUAUUCCUGAACAUCAAUUUAUUGCUUGGUUGAUAUGGAGAGGUAGAUUAUUGACAAAGGACAGAUUGAGUGCUUUCUUACCAAUUGAUCAUACCUGCAUAAUGUGCGCCAAAGAAAGGGAGACAGUGGAUCACCUCUUUUGUAGUUGCCCCUUAGCAGUAGACAUUUUCCUUAAUAUCUCUCGGAUUAUUCAGUUUGACCGUAUCUCUUGUUCUAUUACUGAAUUGGGACAGAGAACAAAGGAGGGGAAGAAUAGAAAAAGAUAGGAGUUUCAUUGCUGCAUGCAUUGCCAUAU